GGGCCUGGGCGGGGCGGGGUUCGGCGGGGAGCGCGGGGGCGGCAGUGCUCGCCUAGCAGAGUCCCAGCCGGGUUCGUGCCGCCAUGGGGCAGAUCGAGUGGGCCAUGUGGGCCAACGAGCAGGCGCUGGCGUCCGGCCUGAUCCUCAUCACUGGGGGCAUCGUGGCCACAGCUGGGCGCUUCACCCAGUGGUACUUUGGUGCCUACUCCAUUGUGGCGGGCGUGUUUGUCUGCCUGCUAGAGUACCCCCGGGGGAAGAGGAAGAAGGGCUCCACCAUGGAGCGCUGGGGGCAGAAGUACAUGACCGCCGUGGUGAAGCUGUUCGGGCCCUUCACCAGGAAUUACUACGUUCGGGCUGUCCUGCAUCUCCUGCUCUCGGUGCCCGCCGGCUUCCUGCUGGCCACCAUCCUUGGGACCGCCUGCCUGGCCAUCGCGAGCGUCAUCUACCUGCUGAGCCAAGUCCUUCCUGCCUGCAGAGGCAACUGCCGUUCCCUUGCUGUGCGUCUUCUAGUGUGUGUGCGUGUUAAAUGUGCAGCACUUUCUGUGUACGCCUUCCGCGCGUGGAAGUGGAGUUCUGCUUCAAGGCUCACUGACCUGCCCCCAGCACCGGCAGGACGCUCCUUUAGAAUCCCUUCCUGCUGCCAAGCACUCAUCUGGGCUGUUGCUUUGUUCUCCAGGGGCCACCCACAUGCCCCCCAUCUCCCUGCUGCCACGCACAGCUAGUGGCUCCUGGAGACCUCAGGAGGAAUUCCUUGUGCUAAAGCCAGAGAGGAAUUGCUGGGUCAGGCAUCACCCUCUGCACCGUUCACCCUGCCGGGCUCAGCUGCUCCCCAGCAGACAACCCACCACCAGCCAUGCGGCCCUGUCUCCCCCACCGUGCACUAGGCUUUCUCCCACGCUUGCCAGUUUCACAGCACGAGCUGGACAUGUGGAGCUUGGACUCGCCCUUCUCUGACUGUGGAUUUGAGCUGUUGGAGUUUCUUCUCCCUUGAGUUGCCUGUUCAUAUCCUUUGCCUAUUUUUCUAUUGUGGUUUUUGUCUUUUUUUUUUUUAAGACAGAGUCUCGCUCUGUCCCCCAGGCUGGAGUGCAGUGGCGCGAUCUCGGCUAACUGCAAGCUCCGCCUCCCAGGUUCACGCCAUUCUCCUGCCUCAGCCUCUCCGAGUAGCUGGGACUACAGGCGCCCGCCACCACGCCCGGCUAAUUUUUUGUAUUUUUAGUAGAGACGGGGUUUCACCGUGGUCUCGAUCUCCUGACCUCGUGAUCCGUCCGCCUCGGCCUCCCAAAGUGCUGGGAUUACAAGCGUGAGCCACCGUACCUGGCCUUUUUUUUUUUUUUUGUGAGACGGAGUCUCGCACUGUGGCCCAGGCUGGAGUGCAGUGGCGUGAUCUCGGCUCACUGCAAGCUCCGCCUCCUGGGUUCACGCCAUUCUCCUGCCUCAGCCUCCUGAGUAGCUGGGACUACGGGCACGUGCCAUCAUGCCUGGCUAAUUUUUUGUAUUUUUAGUAGAGAUGGGGUUUUACCGCAUUAGCCAGGAUGGUCUUGAUCUCCUGACUUCGUGAUCCGCCCGCCUCGGCCUCCCAAAGUGCUGGGAUUACAGGCGUGACCCACUGUGCCCGGCCUGAUUGUGUUUUUCUGAAGUUGUAGGAAUUCCACAUAUAUUUCAGCUAUUGAGCCUUCGUAACCUUUAGACACGGGGGAUGCCUUCCUGCUUCCUGGUAAGGGUCUGUUAACUUGGCCCAUGGAGUCCUUCACUGCACGGAAGAGCAGAGGUUUCCCCGUUCACUUGCUCUAUGGUCUGUGCUUUGUGAAAACACCUUUCCCUGGCCCUGGGUCCUACGUUCACGUUCCUGCAUUUUCUUCUAUCAGCCUUCUAGUUUUGCUCUUCAGGGCGGAAUGUUUCUGUUUUGGAGUUAGGUGGGAUCACACAUGUCCAGUUUCUCUUUCUGCUUCAUGAUGUAUAUGAUGCGACAUAUUUUCUACCAGAUAUUAUGGGAUAGAAGAUGAAAAGCACACACUCCCAGGUCCACUUGACCUGUUGCAGUGGAACCUCUGGGCCUGGGCCCAGGAGUCUGUAUUUUUAGUAAAAGCCAGUGGAAUCCUGUGUUCUUCAAGCUGUCCCCCCACCACCCCCAUGUGCAGAAAUGCCUGGGCACCCUUGGGGGGCUGCCGGCCAGGGUGGGUGAAUGGCGCCCACAGACGGAGCAGGGCCUGCUACUCUCCUGGGCCACCCUUCCUGCUGGGCCUCAGGUGUGCCUCCCUGCCUUCUUUGCCCUUGGUGCUUUGGGGGGAGAAUUUGGGUGCUAGAAUUUGCAUCUGGGAGUGUCCACCAGGGGAUCUUCCAGAAGCCCAGGGGUUCCGGCCCCGCUCCUGGCAUGAAGAAAUAGCUUGGGCUGGUGUCAGGCCGACCCAGGUCCUGGCUGUGUGGCCUCGGGCGUGUCACUUAACCUCUCUGAGCGGCAGUCACAGCAUCCCGCGUGGGAUUCAGACUUGAGCCUGUCCCGGGGCCCCUAGCGGGGUGGGCCUCCAGGGAAGGAGGGCGGACGCUGGGGCGCGGCCCAACCCCUCAGUGCCCCGCAGGCGGCUGUUCGUGGCGAGCAGUGGACACCCAUCGAGCCCAAGCCCCGGGAGCGGCCGCAGAUCGGAGGCACCAUCAAGCAGCCGCCCAGCAAUCCCCCGCCGCGGCCCCCGGCCGAGGCCCGCAAGAAGCCCAGCGAGGAGGAGGCUGCGGCGGCGGCGGCGGGGGAACCCCCGGGAGGUCCCCACGCCAACCCCAUCGCGGUGACCGACGAGGUGGUGUGACCUCGCCCCGGACCUGCCCUCCCGCCAGGGGCGCAAUAAACGCAGCCAUGCCUGGA